AUGCUCAGCCAGACAGGCCUUCGGACGGGUGCGCGGUCGGCGACCUGCCUGCUGUGCCAAUGGCGCUCAUUUAGCGCAUCGUAUCGUCGUCUUGUCGACGAAAAGCCCUCGACUACUACUCCUCCUCCUCCUCCUCCUUCUGCUCCGGUCUCUUCAGCCCCGAGCCCGGAUCCCAAGGCCGCAUUGGGGGCCACCGCGCCGGUCAAUGCCCCGGGAGCUGCCCCCGUGCCGGAGGGGCCACUCGCCCAUGCCCCCCGAGCCUAUGGCAAGGCUCUCAAGGAGUUUACUCCCACGCCGCUGGCAAGGCCAAUUGGCAUGAAUUAUCCGCCACAAGCUGGCGAGAACACAGGCGUCGACAAGCGUACUCUGAAGGAGCGCCACGCUGAUUUCACCAAUUAUGAAAAGCAUCUGCAACGCCGGGAAUAUCUAAAAUCUCAAAUCUCCCGCCCGUACUUCCGUGACUGGCGGAAUCUGCAAUUUCACGAGGGCAAAACCUUCCUCGCUCCUCCUCGACCGUUUCGUGCCGAUGUGUCCCUCUUUUUCCCCAACCUGCACGGCCGUACCUUGGCCAAAACCCCCGGGGCGAAGGCCGCUGAUACGACACCCUUACUUGAAGGUCGCGCCUCGAUUGUCUCUAUCUUCAGCAGCAUGUGGGCCGAGAAUCAGGUGCGCUCCUUCAUAGCCCCGGAAAAUAAUCCCGCUCUGCAUGAAGUGCUGCGUGCCAAUAAGGGGCGCGCCCAGCUUGUUCAGGUCAACGUGGAGGAGGAUUGGAUGAAGGCAAUGCUCGUUCGUAUGUUCUCGUGGUCGAUUCGCAAGCGCAUCCCCAAGGAAGACUGGGACAAGUACUUCCUGGUGCGCAAGGGUCUCACCGAGGAGAUUCGCGAGUCGAUCGGUGUUUUGAACAGGAAGGUCGGCUACACCUAUCUCGUUGAUCAUGAGUGCAGGAUACGCUGGGCAGGCAGCGGGCCAGCGCAGCCUGAUGAGAAGGAAGGGCUGAUCAAGGGGCUACAGAGGGUGCUGGAGGAGAUGCGUAAGGAGGGCGUGGGCGAGCAUUAUGUGCGAAAGACGCUACUCAAGGCAAGAAGACCCGAGGAGAAAAAGUAG